AUGGCCCAUGCGUCUCUCCUUCGCACGAAUACGGUCCCCAUCCCAACGGCCGACACCAUGGACAGGAUGAAUGGCAUGGGCAUGCCGGGUGCGCCCCGCGCAAGCCAACUGUCUGGUUCAGCGACAUUUCCGACGACCAACUCCUCCAGCUCCGUGAACACACUCUCCACUGCCACGACAAUCGCGGCCGCGCCAGGUGGCCAGGUCAUGGCCACCAGCAAUAUCAUCAACCAAAGAGCCGAUGCAUCGCGGUCACUCUACCAAAUAUGUGUUGCCCUGAAACAAAGGUUGGCCAAGGUGCCGGGCUUCGAAGAAUAUAUGGAACAGCUUGAAUACAUGGCCACAGACCCGGAUGAAGGUGGACCCGUCGAGUCGUUGUGGAAGCUUCUGCGAACCGGAUAUCCGCUUCUCGCCAUCUACAACGCUCUCCAGCCGGAGGUUCCUUUGCAGGUCCAGGAAGUCCCCGAGAUGUCACAGGCGAAGCGAUCCAAAAUCGCCAUUCUCCGCUUUGUCGAGGCCUGCAAGUCUAAGCUCAUGCUCCCGACGACCGAGGUGUUCAUUAUCACAGAUCUUGCCGGGAAUGACACCACCGGUUUUGUCAAGGUCACCGGCGCCAUCAACCACGUGCUUGACCUCGCCGAAGAGCGGGGCCUGCUUCUCCAGAUCCAACCCUACCCCGAAGAUGAUAUCAUGGAACCUGGCUCGCAAAUGAGCUACCGGGACUAUGUUGUCCGCGAACUCGUCGACACCGAGCGCAAAUACGUCCAGGAUCUGGAAAACCUUCAUGACUUGAAGAAGAAGUUGGAACAAGACGGCAUUAUUACAGGCGACAAAAUCCACGACAUUUUUCUAAAUAUCAAUGCGAUCUUGGACUGCCAGCGGAAGUUCCUAAUCAGGGUCGAAACCACCAACUCGAUGCCGCAAGCUAGGCAGGAAUGGGGCAGCCCGUUUGUCGCGUAUGAAGAGACAUUUAAUAUGUGUUAUCAACCGUUUAUCGCGAAUCAACGGCGGGCUGGCCAGCUGGCUAGCGAGGUCUUCGACAAGAUUCAAGCGGCCCAGCACCCGGUUGCUUGCGACUUCAACACCCUUGAUGGUUUCCUCCUCAAACCUAUGCAACGUCUGGUCAAGUACCCCCUGUUGUUGAAGGAUCUCCUCAAGAAGUGUGAGGAUGAGGCAACCAAGGAGGACCUGACGGCGGGUAUUGAUUCCGCCGAGCGUGUUCUGCAGAAGGCCAAUGAGGCCGUGAACAAAGACUUGUUGAAGGAAGCAGUGAAGGAACUGGUGACUCGUGUUGAAGACUGGAAGAAGCACCGCGUGGAACAGUUUGGCGAGUUGCUCUUGCAUGGUGUUUACACUGUGGUGACUGGUAAGGGUGACCAGGAAAAAGAUUACGAGAUAUAUCUCUUCCAAUCCAUCCUUCUGUGUUGUAAGGAAGUGGUUCCGGGCAAGACCAAAGACAAGAAGGACAAGACGCGCUCUACCGGUCCCAAAAUCCGUAACAGGAACGCCAAACUACAGUUGAAAGGUCGCAUCUUCAUGACAAAUGUUACCGACGUGGUGGCACUGUCUAAGACAGGCUCCUAUACCGUUCAAAUUUGGUGGAAAGGCGACCCCGGCGUUGAAAACUUCAUGAUCAAGUUCACGAACGAGGACAUGAUGAAAAAGUGGGCGGCCGGCCUGGAGCAGCAGCGCAAGGAGAACGCCCCUCGUCUGGAGCAGAAGGUUGACCGAGUUGACGAAUUCGCCUGGAUGAAGAAUAUUGGUGGCGAGCUGAAGAAUCCGUAUGGAGAAGACGCCGACGAUAGCGAGGACGAAACCGUUACCAAUGGCAGCAACAUCACGGCAUUCUCGGCAACAUCCUCGCAGCCGACGCUGGUGUCCAUGCCAGGAACGAUACAACGGAAUGCAUCUAGCACGAGCUUGCGAUCACGCUCGCUCACCAACGGUAGCAUCAACUCCGUGGCCGGUGACAAUCGGGUACCGCCCCCACGAUUUCCUAUGGUCCCGCCCGCUACCACGCUGAACAUUUCCACUCUUCAGGCCCAGGUGUCGCCGCUUCCCCGUCCGCCGGAGUCGUACUUCUCCCCCGUUGCGGAGUCUCCAGCAUCGAGCCGCGCCAGCACAACCAGCGGCGUUUUUACGGGUGCCAAUGGGUACCCCUUCCCCAAAACCUCGACCCCCCAGCCUUGGAACCCGGAUGACCAUAACCGUUACACCGCGCCGGCGAUGCCCCGUGCCCCGUCCCGCGAUGGCUCCUCGCCUUCGAACGCUUUUGGACCCAACGGCCGCAACCCCCGAGGGCCGUCCAUGCCCGUGAUGCCCCGCGAUUCAACGCCCCCAAGUCAAGUGCGCUCUCGGAGCCUCAGCACCCCAGAUAUUAGCGGGCAACCCCAACGCAGUACACAGCAAAUACCCGCUGUUCCUGGAAUCCCGCCCCAUCUCCAUCAGAACCACCCGUCUCACCCUACCCAUGUGCGGCACGAUUCAAGUAUCUCCCGCAGCAAUAGUGGUAGCCCGGCGAACGACUUACCGCUACGCACAAACAACAACUCUCCCGGGAGGACAAGGGUGUACGCGCCGACCAUGUCCCAAUUUCCUGCCCAGCCGGUGUAUCCACGUCAAGGCACACCAGGCACCGCCUCGAAUUUGCCUCCACCCGGCCCUCCGCCCCCAGGCCUUGCGCCGCUCGCCCCGCUCGACUCAGGGCGGUCGGCCACUCCGGGUCUCAACACGGCACCGCUCUCCUCCAGCCAAGGCGGGCCCCCGGUGACGCCCGAUAUUUCCAUGCCGAACCAGCUCAAGGUCAAGGUGAAUUAUGACUACAACGCAGGCCUCUAUUUCACGCUUGUGGCGCAGUUUAAUAUCACCUACCAGAGCCUCGUUGACCGCAUCGACGUCAAGCUUGCCCGGCUCACCAACAGCAGUAUCGGUAGGGGCGAUCUGAAGUUGCGGUACCGGGACGAAGAUGGCGACUUUGUAAGCAUCGGCAACGACGACGACAUCCAGAUUGCGAUCUCGGAAUGGCGUGAGGCCCAAGGCGGCAUGCCGGGUGGCCUGGGGGAGAUCGAGCUUUUCUGUGUGGGCGAGAUUUGA